AUGUCUUUGGAUCAAAGUCCGCUAAAAAGUCAAGCAACAGUUCGACUAGAAGAACAAACACCAGGUGCUAUUCGGCGUUUAACUGCUAAACUUCGUCGAGCUGUUUCUGUUGCAGCGGAAAAUUUUGCUGAAAGUAUUGCACCCGGACAAGGUAAAAUGCUCGCCGAGCUAGCACAAUUAGAUAGAAUUACUGAACGAGCAUCAGCAAAUGCUGCAGCAUCAUCGGAUAUACUAAUUGAUGAACAAUAUCUUGAAUAUUUGAUUAAAAUGUAUCGAUCUUAUGAAGAAAACAACUUACCAUUUAAUGAACAAGUUCGUGUUUUAUCACUUAUACCACAAUCAUGA